CGUGAAUGAUGAUCAGAUGAACUUUGAAGGCGACUGGAAGCGGCGCGGAGAUGGGCUGAUAAUUCUUCAAGAACGAUUGAUUUGAGCUCUGGAGUCUGGGGCCAGCAGCUGCAGAAAGAGGAAGAAGGACAAUGAUCAUGGAGGAGAAGACAAUUUCAGGGCGCUUUAUUUCUGCGCAAACCAGUUGACUGAACAACAGGCCAGAUGUGUUGAUCUUUGCAGCCCCUGAAUGCAGGCGCACAAUGCAGGUGCAAAGCCAGGUGCUUUCCUCGUCCAGGGAGACGGACGAGGAGACACUCUUCUCGAGAGGGACCCAUGCCUUUCAAAGCGUGUUCGGGCAGGUUGGACGACAAGAGGCUCUGUUAGAGAAGCAGGCCAGGGACCAAUCACUGCCGAGGGAUGCAGCAGUGCCGAAUGGAGCACCUGUAGCCCGGGCGGGGGGGCAGGCAUCUUGUGAUGACAUCAGUGGCGUCCACUCGUGGAAGCCUGUCCGAAGGGAGAAUCUAUGGACCAGUGCUUCGCUGCUGAAGGCUGCGCUCGGCAACAGCGCCGCCGCGAAAGCGAGCCGGGAAAAAGAUGCAAACGCCAAGGCGCCCUUCUCGUUCAAGGAAAGUCCGCCGUCAAAGAGCGGGAAAAUGGUGUGGCGGACAGCAGAUCCAAGAAUGGGGGGUGGCGCCGGCAUAUGCCUCAAGAAGCUGAGCAGGCGGGAGCUACAGCUAAAGCGCUUGGAGCUGCGGCCGCUGUUGAAUGCAUUGAGGUUUGUGGAGAGCAGCAACAGGGUGAACGUGCCGGACGGUGAUGACGGGACCAGCAUUGGGCCGCUGCAGAUUAGCUUGGACUAUCACCACGACGUUUGGCAGAAGAUGCACCCCUGGGAGAAGGCGAGGAACAUUGACCAUGCUGAGGAGACUGUCAUCCAAUAUUGGUCCAUCUACUGCCCCAAGGCCCUGGAGACGCAGGACUACGAGACCCUGGCAAAGGUUCACAAUGGGGGUCCGAAUGGCCCGUCCGCCGGCAAGACGACAUAUUACUGGAGCAAAGUGCUGCGGCAUCUCAAGCAGCAGCAGGAAGUGAAGAUUCCACCAGACGCCACGCACCUGUCGCCUCGUCGAGCGCCCGGGGCGGGGACAAAAUGGAAGGAUGCGCCCCGGAGAACAGGACGGACUGGCCUCGGGAAGCCUGGCCUUCCCUGGGCGGGGAUCCCAUCCGCAGGGCUCCCUUCGAAGCCCCGGCCCCACGUGCCAAAACCUCACCGCCACGCGCACCACGCAAAGCUGGUCCAAAUCCGUGUGCACCAAGUCUACCGCCCACACACGGCAAAGGCGAGGAGGGUCGUCAAAGGGGUUGCCGCAGGGGGGAAGCCCAGCCCCCCGAAGAACAAGCAGAGUAGUCACUCCCGGCGGUCCUCUUUCUCAAGCACCACCACCUACGACCAUUUCAGCCAAGCCAGCUCCACCUUCGCCUCCCAGGACGGCGGGUUCUCUACAACCCCGCUUCUAACCCCUAAGACCAAACCCCAAAACGCCGCCGGCACGACCACUCCAGGAACCCCCAAUACCCGGCACGGUUCUCCUGAGAACGACCUGCUUAUCAAACCCGGGGACAGUAUCAGUCAGCGGCCGAGCCCGGCACACAGCGAAGCGUCCCUUGGUUCAGACAACCCCGAGAGCCCCGGUGCCGAUUCACACCCCUCUGAAAGCUUCCAGCUAAGGCGGGUGCGAACGCACUCCCAGGAGGACCUGGCGGCCCUGUCUGAGAAAGAGGCCUUGGAAGCGGAGGCGCUGCUGAGCGAGAUCGUUCAGCAAGUUGAUCGCAAGCGGGGGGCACUGAAGUUAGGCUUCAAGGUCUCGCCGCGGGCUCGGUUGUCCCCCCCGAAACGGAAACGGAACCCGUUUCGAAGCUCAGGGAACGUGCAGGCAGAACGGGGUACGGUCAAAGGGGAAAAGUCGGCAUCGCAACAGAUGCGGACACCGGAGGUGGCGCACCAGGAAGAGGUGGAGGACUUCCAGUAUCGGGAUCCGGACCAAAGCGACUCCGAGUCCGACAGCGAGCUCUCAGAUCCCGACGCUGCGUCGCCUGUCAGCUCGGCGGGGUCGCUUUCGCCUGACAAGACCUUUGCGGUGGCGUACCUCCAGACAGCAAUCCGGCGGUCGCAGAAGAAAGUGGCAGCAGUCAUGAUCCAGAGGGCGUUCCAAAGUUAUUGCCCCCGCCGCAACUUCGUGAAGCUGCGGUCAACUGCCAUCCGCCUCCAGAAGCUCGUCCGCGCCUGGCAGCACGGCCGACCCGUGCGCGUGGCGUUUAUCGCCCUCCGCCACGCAACGCUAACUAUCCAGACUCGGUGGCGCGCAAAGCGGGAGCGGCAGUCGAUGCUCCUGCAAGCAGUGCAGGAGCGGAUUCGUUUUCUGUGUAUGAGAAAGGCGGUGGUGGAGGUUCAGCGGGUGUGGCGGGGACACAGAGUGCGGGCGGGUUUUGGUGGCGCGUCGGGGGGUGAUGCAGUGGGCGUGUCACGGGGGGGCUCGAAUGGCGAGUCGGAGGGGCGGGUUGUGUCGGUUCGGGGGGAGUCUUUGCUGAGCGCGUUGGAGACGUCUGAGCUGCGGUCGGAAGUGCCAGAUGAACGGGACUGUGAAUCAGUAGGAUGCAGUUUGGGAAAUGGCACAGCGGAGUUGGACGCUGUGUCAGGAGGGGCGGUGAAAGCGGAGGGGAAGGGCGGGCAGGAUACGGUGGUCUCCGACCUGCCAAGCUCCGGAACAGCGUUAGUCACGCUGGAGGAUGAAAAGGCGGAAGGGAAAACGGCAGCGGGAGUCUCGGGCAGGGUUUGGAGUGCGCAGAAGCUUUUUGUGCGGAGUCCGGGAAGUACCCCUCCCUUGUCACCCGGCCGAGAAGAAGAGCUCUACCGCCAGCUGGCAGAGCUGCAGAUGCCGCACACGGUCGAUGACCGGGGGGGUCUUUGUCAGACCCACCCCAUGAUCGAGUGCAGCGGGGGGGUGGGUGUGCAUUUAGGAGAGAGUUGGGACUCGGACGGCGAGGAACCCUCUCCGACCUUCCGGGUGAUCGAAGUCCGAACGGAGACGCUUUCCGCAGCGUUAUAUCCGGAUGGGGUCGGUGACGACCUGGACGGGGGGUGGUCGGCAACGCCGCCAAUGUCUCCUCGGGGAGAAGAGGCGCUGUAUCUGCAGCUGGCAGAUCUUCUGCCAUCGUUUGGGAGCCUGAAUUUGUACAGUACGGGUGGGAAUGGGCAGGGGCAACUGUUCGAUGAAGAGCAUAGCGGGAGCGAGGAGCUUGCGGCAGGCAGCGGUCUGUCUGAGAGAGAAUCAGUGGCUCAGGGCGCGACAGCUGGCACGAGCGUGGUUGGUCCGAUUGGGGAGAUGAUUGAGGAGAAUCAGAACUCCGGGGUGGAUCGAAAGGGGUUGAACGUUGGCGUUGAUGAUGGGCGAGAACCAGAGCGGGAAGAGGAAGUCGAUGAGACAGGAGCGCAGUCCCCCGCGUCUGUGAUCGAGGGGCCGCUCACGCCGCGCAAGGAGUCGGUGCUGCUGACACAACUGGCGGGCCUCAUUGCGAAGCACGUGCCAGCUGUCAUGGAGCCUGUGCCAGCUGUCAAGAAGUCCAUGCCAGCUGCCAUGGAGCCUGUGCCAGCUGUCAACGAGUCCAUGCCAGCUGUCAUGGAGCAUGCGCCAGCUGUUGCGGUUCCAGGCGCGGAGUUUGUGACGAGAACCCGGUUGGCGACGGAGUCGGGGCAUGAAGAGGACGGAAAGGAAGAAGCCGCGGUUGGGUUGCAGACGAAUAGCGAGACUCUUUCAGAAGGGGAAGUCAGGGGAGGCGGUGAGCAUGAUAGAAUGGUGCAAGGGGGGCCGGAGAAAAGCCUGCCUCGAAAAGCGGGAGCAAAGAGAGGGAGCCCCGACGCGGGCGACCUUCUCGCAGUGCACCGGGCUGCACUAAGGGCUCUGAAAAAGGAGGAGGUCGCCAGCUGGAGGGACCGGAAGCCGCUUGACAUGGUGGUGACAGCUGGCGAUAGGUGCGAGGGGGAAUUGUUCCUAGCGGAAGCUGCGGUGAGGGAGUGCCGGGAAACCGAGCCUGCAGAAGGGGGAAAGCGAAGAAAGCUGGCCCAAGAGAAAGACGGACUCACUCUUGAGCGGGUGCAGAAGACGGUUGAGGAAGCUUCGGCGCCCGAAGUGUCGCCACUUAGCGUGCUUAGCACGGGAUUGGGCGAUGUCAGCAAAGCCCAGCCGGAGGCCUGCACUGGCAGCGACGUUUCGGACGGACUUACCCCCAACUGCGUGGCGGACGUCCGGAUCUUUGGCGCUCCGGAAGUGCCCUCGUCCGGCGACUGCACGCCGGAGCACUACGCCCUCACCGAGUCCGACGCCAGCGUGUUCGCGCUGCACAAGCCGGACCCUUACCGGACGCCCGUCGGGAGUCCGGCGCUGAUUCUCGCGGAGACGGCGUUGCUUGACUCCGCCAGCAAGGUCGCGUCCUGGAACGACGCAGCGGCCAAUGUCCCUCUGAGCGAGGAGGAUCUGCGGGUGUCGAUAGCCGCCCCCGGGGAUCCCCCUUGGAGCCUUGCACAGUACGACUUCGCCAGGGUGGGGGCAUCUUCCGAGUGGGCCGACGGCUUUCCCGAUGACAGCUGGACCAAUAGCCCGAGCCACCGGAGCUUCGUGGACCAGGACAGCUCCCUCGGGGAGGUCAAAGUUUCGGACUAUCCGUCGCCGGACAAGUCGCUGGGGCUGGUCCGAGCGGAGGUGGAGAAGCUGAACAGCCUGCAGAAGGGGCAGCUCACACCGGGGAGGGGGGCCCCGGGGCAGCUGGGUGUGAAUGGGGGCAAGGCACUGAUGCUGGGGAGCACGGAGUGGGCGCAGAUGCGGCUGGGUCUGGGGUUGCUGAAGCAAUGGCUGGUGGAGAACGAGUCUGGCGAGAAAGGCCAAGGCGCCGGAAGAGGCCAGGACGUGUUGACGAUUCAACACUUCGGGAGGGAUCACUGGUUUGAGAAGCCCCAGAAUCAUGAGAAGCCUCCGAGCCCUGGGUUUAUGCAGAGCCAUGAGAAGCACCAACCCGCCAUGAGCACCCAAACGUGCACCGAGUGUCGUGCCGGUGAAGAAUUAGAGGGGGCCAGAAGCCCCGUCGAGCUUCAAAAGGUCUGCACCCCGCACCACGUCGGCAGUUUCCUGGGAAGGAGCAAGUCGGAGUCGGCACUAAAGGGGUUAGACGAUCCUCUGAACGCUGAUCCGGCCCCUAACCAUCUGGAUCACCCCCGCUUCUCACCUUCCACGGCCGCAGAAUCAAUUGCUUCGAAGCCCCAAGUGGUCAGGAAGCUAACCCUGCCCCUGCGUAGUGGCCUCGGCAGUCCGUGCUCCCUCUCCCCGAACCUGGUUACGGACUCCGGUUCGCUCGACCCAGUCUCGAGCCCACCGUCGAAGCCGACUUCCGAAACCCGGCUAGCCCAAGACUCCGGGUUCCCGCUAACCCCAUCAAACCCUUCCCCGACCGGCCGCCUGAGCAUCGAGCUGCCCUUAGAGCCGGAGCGCUGUGAGAGCCCAGACGUCAGCCCCGCUUUGCCGAAGUCUCCGGAAAGGGGGGCUACUUUUGACAGCUUCGCCGCCCCCCAGCUCGAGAGGCUGCACUCCGCCCCGCAGCCGAGGACGGCGUAUGCGCAUUCGCCUCACAGGCAGGACGGGCACGACUGCCUCGUGUGCCGCCUGUGGGAGGAGGGCAGCUUUGUGGGCUUCCAGGACAGCCCAAGGGCACGGGCGCUUCGCAACCGCGGCCGCAGCUUCAGCCAAUCCUGGUCCACUCAGGAGCUGCCACCUGUCAGCCGAAGCCCCAGUACGCCGUCCCUCGCCCCCGCAUCCCAAGAGGUUUCCAGCAGCCCCUCUACAGGUGGCACCUCUCCAGCCAGUGUCCCAGCCAAGUUGGGAUUCUUUAGAGGUUCCCCCGACCGGAACCUGGCUCGACGUCCCAGCCUGGCCCCUAACCACACCUAUAACUCUAGGGGUUCCCCCGACUCCCCGAAACCCUCUAGAGGUUCCCCAAAUUCAUCUACGACAAGUGCCGAGCGGGACUUGCUGAGCAGCCCCUCUAAAAGUUCCUGCGACUCCCCAACAAGCUUGGGACCUCCCGGCCGGCCUAACUUGCCGCGGUCAGGCAAAACCUCCCCGAAACCACCGGUUAACCCGCUCCACUUCCGAAGCCAGAGCCUCGACAGCCAGUAUUACCAACCCGCCCCGAAAGCCCCGGCCGUCAAAACCCCUGGCCUCAAACCCCCACGCCCGAGCCACCUCCCUCCAUCCCCCCGACAGCGCCACGUCGAUGCUGACGUCACCGCACAGGAAAGCCCACGUCAGCCCACUCCGAAGCCGCACUUUCGGUUGUGGAGCAGGAAGGGAGUCCGCGAACCGAUCCAGAGUCCCUUUGGGCUCUUCUCAAGCCGGGGAGGUUCAGCUAACCCGUUCCCAAACCCGUCAGCAAACCCGUCGAGUAACUCACCCCCUGAGGCGACAGCUGUUGCCGCAGGCCGUGCUUCUGACGGGAUUGCUGCGCACUCCCAGAGGAACUUCAACCCCGCUUUCGAGACGAGGGGUGCUGCCGGAGCGGGGAAGAAUAACGAGGGUGCUUUCGGAAGACGGGAGAGGACAGCGCUUCCGAUAGCUUAUCACCGGGAGUCACAGGAUGCGCAAGUCCUGAAUAUGAAAGCUAGAGCGGGCCUUAGUCCUGGGGCCAAAGAGGAACGAAACCGACGGGAGCUUAGCGAUGGUCGAUUGGGGGAGGCGCGGCCCGCCGGGGGGGAGGAUUCGCCCCUGCGGGCGCCCCCUAGCCCGGAAACCUGCUCUGACCUCAGCUCCGUGGGGAGCCCGUUCACACCGCGGCGACUCCUGGCUGCGAGAACGCCCCCCAGCACGAGCGGCUCGCUGAGUGAAGUCAGCAACUCGUUGGAUGACCUCAGCGCGGCGCUCCAGAGCUUCUCGAUUGGCGGGAGGCGGCGGUCGGGGAAUCUGUCUUCGGGUGAACUGCAGGGCGCGGGAGGAGUUCCCAGCUCGGGGGGGGAGGGUGCACGAGUAAGGGGUUUGGAAGCGAAGUUCGAAGCUCUGACUCCGUAUUGGAGUCCGUCUCCCGCGAACGGGGGCAGUGUGGAGUCCGCAGAGAAGAGUCCUGUAGCGACAUUGGCUCUGAUGCCCACCCUUGCCAAGCUGUGCCAACUGUGGGAGGAGCGCAGCGUCGAUCUACGAGUGCGGGCCCACAAGUACCGGGGCAUUGUGCGGGAGCUGACGUCACUCGGGGCUGAGGUGCGCAUGGUCUACUACGUGUCCCCGACAUGGGGUCCCCCGAGCGUGAUGAAGGAACUAGACGAGGUCGCGACUCUGGAGCGCAGUUCGCGGGAGGAACAGCAGGCGGCGGAUCUGGUGUUGCGGCAAAGGGACUGCAUUCAUGCGGGGCUGUCCUUCCAGCUGACCCAGGCCGAACGGCUCCAGAUGUAUGCGGCAUGGGGUGUGCGGAGGUGGUCUACCGGAAGGCUCCGGCGGAUCGUCUACAAGCUCAUAUGGUUGGACCCCGUACGGUGCGACCAGAGUGCAGAUUUGACGAUGCAGUUUCUGUAGGGGCACCAAUAAGCUCGUCUUGGGUUUUAGUUGCUUAGUCAUGAUUAUGCAGAUCUAGGACUAACUUUGUUUGGCUUGCGCAAAGCAGGCUGCGAGCUUUUGAGAUAUAAGGUACCUCGCCUUAUCUACGUUGAGCUUUGACUUUCCUCGAUACAAGCAAAGAUUUGUUUUUCGUAGCAGGUUUUGUAGGGCGUUUGCUUCGGUCACUGCUUGCGGUUUCGAUAGUGAUCUUGGUCGAAUUUAGUGACAGCAAUAUUACAGGACCUUGUACUUCCGUGGAUUGCUUUGCAUUGGACAAGCUCAAAUUUGUGUUAUUUUAGCAAUGAGUGGCCCAGCGAUCAUGGCAGUGUACUUGCAAGCAAGAGUGUUUCACCCCA